CCGUGGGACGGUCACAAGACGAGCCAACCACUGGCCCGCUGGCCAUGGCCAAUGCGUCUCGCGCUGCUACUUGCGCUCAGGAUUCUGGCCGCCGGCGAGGCGCCGCCCGGCGCGGUACCCUCCUCAGGCACUGAGGCGUGGUAUGCGGACUACGAGCUCCGGUUCCGCCCCGAGGAUGCUGGAGCGCCAGCAGUGCUGUGGCGGCUACCGGCCUGGCAGUUUCAGGAGGACAUUGGGAACUUCUACCAUCAGAAUGGCCGGCCCCCGCUGUCCCCGGCCUUUUUCGUUUCCUCCAUGCAGCCGCCGUCGCAGCUGCAGAUAUUGCAGGAGUGCCCCGGCCUCCUUCUGUCCUCCACCAUUCUCGCUGCACAGGCGCGGCAGAGUGCUGGGGACUGCGCCCAGGCCCAUGGCCUCUUCCAGCAGGCCCUCGCAUGGAUAGCCCAGCUCAUGUCGAGCCGAUUGGGAGCACGGAUCGACCUGACUUGGCCCAUGGAGGAGGCUGUGCUUUUAGACGCCGUGGCUCAGGCUUCGAGCCUUCUGCCGGGCUGGCCCAUAGAGGCCGCAGUGGCCCGCUUCCUGCAGGGCAGCUGCCAAGCUGCAGGGCAGCUGAGUUGCCACGAUGCCAAGUUGGACCUGGUGGUGGCUGUGUGCAACGAGGACCUCAGCUGGCUGCAAGCCUUCCCAGAUGCCAGGCUGUGGAUCUACGCCAAGUGCGGGCUCCAGGACUUGAGGCUCAAACUGGCAGCUGCGCCUUGCGUGGUCUUCCAGGAGCUUCCGAACCUCGCCAUGGAGUCCUUAGCCUAUGCGACGCACAUGGAUCGCAACUACGGGGGUUUUGCAGACUUCACGCUUUUCCUCCAAGGGAAGCCGUUUGAACAUGCUCCCCACAUCCUGGUGGAGGAUGCGGUGGGCGCGAUUCGUGCCGGGCUCUACGCGGUGCCCUUUCUGCACCUGAACUCCCGCCGCUUCUUGGCCGGGAGCAGCUUCUGCCUGAGGGACCUCUUCCAGAGAUUGUUCCCAGAAAGCACCGUCCCUGAGGUCUUUGCUUCGUACUGCUGCAGCCAG